UCCAUUUAACCAUUGUAGUACUACCCGUAGGUGCAGCACAAUAGCACAAUAGCACAAUAGAUCGAUCAUGCCUCCUCUCUGUCCUCUUCGUCGGAACCUUAUGGUUGUUGUUGGCCUGCUGUUGAUGUGUCAGCAGUGGACCACAGUCGAUGCGUUCCAAGCGCCUCUGCACCGAUCCAAAUGGUCAGGCAGUAGCUCAAGCAUCGCAAGACCAUUCCUGGAAUCGCCAGGUCCGUCUCCAUUCCAAGCAAGGGUCACUUCCAGCACAACUCAGUUAUCCCAGUAUAAUCUGCCACCUAGUGGUGGUGGCGGUGGCGGUAAAGACGACAAUGUGGUCACUCAAGUCAUACAAGGAGGCUUGACGAUUGGAGCUAUUGUUCUAUUUUUCGUCAGUCCACUUGGAGGCAUUUUCUUUGCCAUUACGAAUUCGCUCUUUCUUCUGGCAUUGAUUACUCCCGUCAUUUUAACCAUUGCUUUUCAAGUAUGGCAGUCCCUCAACACCAUUGAAGGGACUUGUCCCAACUGCGGUGCGCCCAAGCAACGGGUAGUCAAAGAUCCUGCGCAGCCGGGAUUGUGUUUCAACUGUGGUUCCAUUAUCCAGGCUAGCCCUGAUUUGCAAUCUAUCGAACUUAGCACCGUCAACAGUCGAGGCGGAGGGUUUGUGGAUAUGGAUCAACCUGGAGCAGGAAGCCCCGCGGGUAGCAUCUUUGAUAUUUUUGGAGCAGGAGGCCCGCAGGCGCCUACAACACCACAACAACCUACUACCGAUGAAGUCAAGACCAAAGAAAACAAGUUCCGAAGAGAGCAAACAAUUAUUGAUGUCGAGGUCAAUAAGGAUGACUAAUGGAGGCUACCUGAUUGGCUCAGUCUGCAUCAAUAGACCUCUGACCGCUAUAGAAUGCAUAGAACUUGCUAGGCUGUUUGGAUUACAAAAACGUGCAAUUUUUCUUCUACC